CCUUUGAGUAGACACAGCAUUUACUGCUCGAUAAUAGUCCAGAUUUGGAUCAUUGAGAUUAGAGCAAGAAUGCAGAAUACCUUUUACUGCAAUGCCGUUUUAUGAUUUGCUUACCUUGGCUUAAAUGUGACAUCCAGCGCUAUUGUUUUUAGAAGACAUGACCUCCUCUCAGCAGCUCCUCCGCUCCCAGAGGGACCUGCUCCUCUCCUGGACUCGUGAGCACCCUGCACCCCUGUUGCGUUGGCUGUGUGAUGCUGGGGUGCUGUCUCAUGCACGUUACCUGUCCCUCCUGGAAACCUCACCCUCCAACGCGGUGGUCCAGGCUCUAGAGUUGGUGAGUGCCUCAGAGGAAAGCAGUUACAAGUUUCUCAACGUAUUGGCAGAGGUGCAGGACUACUAUGGCCGGGACUUGCAGCUUUGGGUGGAGAAGCACUGCAAGAAUGAAGUCUCCAAGAUCCAAGAGACAUCUGGAAACAAACAAGAGAAGAAGCCAAAGAGUUCUAUUGCUAAAUUCUUCAAAGGAAAAAGUAUGGGAUUCACGUUGCCAGCAGAAGGUAAAGGGAAAAAUGAAAUGAAAGCAAGAAAAAGUAUGAAGUCAGGAAACAUCCGACUUGCUAUAUCUGCCCAUAAAACCACAGUCCUAAAGCGCACUGAACAACUCAAAAGCUACUCGGAAGGCAAUACCAUCUCGGCAAACUCGGCCACCCACAUCGAGAUCCGCUACACUGACCUUUUUGUGACUGAAGACAACGAACAAGUGGACAGCAGCCGCCAUGAGUACUUCGACCUGGCCAGCAGAAGGGCCCGCAUCUACGUCCAUCAGGCCUGUCAGCGCAUCCAGCCAUGCCAUCUGCUCACGCCACGGGAAGGCUCGACUAGGCCCCCCAAAAGAGUCAAAGUCAAAGGGAUCGCUGGGAUUGGUAAAAGCGUGGCGGUCCAGAGGCUGCUUUACGAAUGGGCUAUCGGGAAGAACAUGCGCGAGUUUGACUGCGUUUUUGACCUGCGUUUCCGAGAGCUCAAUCUGAUAAAUGAACCGGUGAGUCUGUUGGAGCUGCUAAGUGAUCGGUUCCGCUACCUUAAAGAAGUUCUCAAAGACCUGUUUAUGUCUCCAAAUUCACUUCUCUUCAUUCUGGAUGGAUUGGAUGAGUUUAAAUUUCCUCUUAAAUGGAAUAGUCCAGCAAAGGACAUUGGAAUGGAGUCAAAAAUUCCAUUGUCAGAGUUAAUGGUUGCGUUGAUUAAAGGAAAUCUUCUCCCGGAAUCCUCAGUCAUUCUCACAACUAGACCUUCCACUGAAGCUCCAAAGCAGUUCUUCCAAAGAUGCUGUAUAGUUCUGGGCUUCGAAGAGGAGCAAGUGAAGAAAUACACUUAUAAGUUCUACAAAAACAUUGAAGUAGCAGACAAGGUGUACGACUACAUUUUGAGCAAUGACAAUCUUUUUGUCUUGUCCUUCAUCCCGCUUUACUGCUAUAUCAUUUGCACAGCCAUGGCAGAAUUCUUCUGUUUGGAAAAACAAGAUGGUGUUGCGUUACGAUCUUUGGAGCUCAAUCCUCCCAAAACGGUGAGCGAGGUUUACUUCUGCUACCUCUUCACGGCUGUCAAGCACCACGCGCUGAAGGGAAGCACUGAUAGGGACACCUCCAGAGCGCAGGUGUUGAGCCUUGCCAAAUUGCAGCUAACCAACUUAGGCAAAUUGGCUUAUGAAAAUCUUCUGCAGAAAAAGAUCAUGUUUGACAAAAAUGACCUGGAAAAGUUCGGAGUUAGACCUGUGGACAUCCAAAGCACCUUCCUUUGCCACAUUCUUCAGCUGCUCAAAGAGGAGACUGUGGACAUGUAUUCCUUCUUCCAUUUAACUGUUCAAGAACACCUAGCAGCGCUGUACUGUGUGAUGAACCUCUCAACCGAGGAUGACAUACUCCAAGCUCUGGACUUCUGGUGUUUUGGUAAACCGCCAUCUUCUACUACCCCACCUCUUUGUAACAUAGAAGUCCACAUGGACAAGUUGGAGAGCCUACAAAUGUUCACGCGCUUCUUCAUGGGUAUGCUAAGAGCGCGCCUUGCAGGACACUUGGUUGGCCUUGUCAGUGGUCCAGUGGAAGAAGCCAAUGGUAUCCCUGCCAAGCUUGGUGAGUGGUACCGAGAUCAGUUCAAAGGCAGAAAGCUGAAAAACCUAGAAGCUCUAAACCUUCUACACUGUCUGAUGGAGUUCCACAUGGAGGACACCACUAGCAUAGCAGCACCUGAAAUCAAGAAGCUGAACCUGUUUAAAAUGAAGCUGAGUGUGGUGGACUGUGCUGCCAUGCACUAUGUCCUACAGUUCUCCCCACACAAGCUGCAGGAGCUCAACCUGGGAUACUCCAACAUUGGCAACCGAGGGCUGAGCCGACUGGGGCCCAUCCUUCACCGCUGUGAGUCUCUCUACUUGAGGUACAACUGCUUAGAUAGACAGGCAGCAAUUUUGGAAUCAUCUAUUUUGAGGUCAAACGAAUGUCAAGUAAAGAAGCUAUUUAUGUGUGGGAAUAACCUGGGUCCUGAGGGAGUGCUGGAGCUGUGGAACGCCUUGGAGCACAACACCACAGUGGAGGAGCUGUAUCUGGACAUCACUGGCAUCACUGAGAGAGGAACAGAAAACAUUGUCAACUGUCUCAGCAAAAACACCUCACUGAAAACUCUAACUGUUGUGGGGAAUGAUUUUGGAGAUGAAGGCAGGAGGAGGCUUCAGCAGCUUCAGCAGUGCAGACCAGAACUGCGGGUUAUUUCCAACUUUGUGGAUGACAUGGGGUUACUGCAGGCCUACCUAGACUGGGUGGAGGAGAUCCAGGCUGACAGGGAUCAGAUGGAGUCAGUGAAGAAUGCAGACGCCCUCCUCUCAGUGCUCAGAGGCCUGCAGGUGGCUGGAGAGGUGCACAAGGCAGAGAAUGCACAGAAGGCCAAAGAACUUCAAAUGAAAGUCACACAGCUGCUGGAGACAGUAAAAAGAUGAUUAAAAACGUGAAACAGUCAACUUGAUCUAAAAUUGUGUGUGGUAUACCAAUUAGCCAAAUAAACCAUGUUUUGUUAUUUCAUCUGCAUUUUACAAAAUCAAUAAAUUGACAUAGUCUAC